AUGGCUCAUGCGGGCGUGGCGCGGGUGCGGCAGAAGGCUUCGGUUGCCUUGCAACCAGGGCUUUUUCGAUCGGUGUCCGGCUUUCAGGUGCUACGCGGCCUUGGGGCUGUUUUCAACAAAGACCUGCCAGUCGGAACAGAUGUCAGCGCUUGCACAGAGGAAGUACCAGUGGGAGGCGAGGUGGACAUGUUUGUGAGCCAUUCUUGGGAAUCCGACGGCUGGUCCAAAUACUUGGCUGUGUGCUUUACGCUGAACACCGGCAAAGCUGUGAAGGCCUGCGCUCUUGCGUUUGCCCUGCUGCUCUCAUCUGAUGUCGUUUUCGUCAGACACACAAGCUCGCUCAGCAACGGGCUCGUAGCAAUGUUUGGCUGCGGUCUGCUGUCAGUGUUCUUUUCGGUCCUCUUCUUGGGGCAGCAUCUGACAUGCGGACCACGUGGAUUGUCAGGGCCUCGGUUGUGGAUGGACAGGCUCUGUAUUGAUCAAUCUGAUGCAGGUCAGAAAGCACAGGGGAUCAGCGCCUUGCCAUACUUUGUACUGCAGUCGCGGCAGUUGCUCAUACUUUAUGACGACAUUUACUUGGAACGUCUGUGGUGUGUGACGGAGCUAGCUUUGUUUGCAAGAAGCUGUGGUGCCUCGUGGAUCCACUUUGCUCCUUUGUGGCUGCCUCGAUGGUUGCUGAGAACUCUGCUGCUGGAUACCUUACAAGUCUGCGUUAAUUUGACCUUGAUUUGUUUUGCUCAGCCGGCUGUGGCAACGACAAUGUCGACUGACCGUGGAUGGAACCAUUUUCUGAACGCUUUUGUUGGCUGGUCCCAAAUAAUUCUUCCGGGCUACUUUCUUGCGAUCACACCCUCCAUGUGGUCGCUUCUGGACAAGGCAUGGAGCCACAAUCGGAUGCUGCAGCGGCUUGAAGCCUUUGACGUUCGCAAAUGCCAUUGCUCUGAUGAGUCGGACAGAAGUCUGCUGGAAGCACUGGUUGCCGACCUCUUCGAUGCCAUGGAUGAACCGGUGCUGAGCGUACCGCUGGAGGUUGCAGAUUGGGUGUCCGAGGAGGAAGGGCCGUUAUUGGACAUGCCUUUGGAUGAGGACACGAAGAAUGCCAUACGCUCCGUCACCAGCUAUCCACCGACGGACUAUGGCUUAGAUGCCUUCAAUGAGUAUGUCCGAGGCCCUCUACGCGAAGUUCUGAUGGAGAACCUCGGGGACGAAACAUUCCUAAGUUGGCGCACAUGUUUUGUAGCGUUUCUGCCGCAAGCCAUCUUCCUCUCGGUCAUCAAUUUGGAAUCUGUCAUGGUUUGCCCUGAAGUACUGGACUGGCCCCCAGGGCCUGUGGCAUGGACCUUGGGCCUGGCUGAGAGCGUCAUCGUCUCGUGCAUGGUUGUUCCCCUCCUCGUGCCGACCUUGCUGCACUUGGCCCAUGGGCUUGACAGUCGCGUAAGCUCUGGCCAUAUUCAGCUGCUGCUGAUGGGUCUGGGCGGCUUCCUCAUCACCACCUUUGUGAUUUUGCUGGGCACUGCUGCCUGUGGGGCUCUCGAAGCAGCGGUGAUAACUCGCUCCUUAGAGUGGCUUGCCGCAUUCCUGCUUAUCAUGAGCUUCAUUCUUGUAGCCUUCUGCAUCUAUUUUCUGCGAGCCGCGACAGUGCCGGCUUGGCUGCAGAUUGGCCAAAAGCUGCUUGCUGCGAGAUGUUGCAUGGCACGGACAUGA